CUGUGUCACCCCCCCGGGCCAGCCGUAGCCUGACAUUGCGGGGGCCACCGGGAAGCUCCGUGGCAGUGGCGCCGGAGCAUUUCCCGCCAUCGUGCCGUGCCGGAGGCACCAGGAAUUCCCACAGCCGGCAGCCUUGGCCAGCGCAGGGUCCCAGGGAUCCCGGGCAGCUCCGCGUGGGGCCGGUGGGGUUCCCCACGCGGUGUGAAUUCCCCCCGUGGCGAUGCCGAGGGCUCCUCGCCGGGCGGGGGCUGGAGGCUCUGGCAGCGGCGGGGCCGGGCCGGGCCGGGCCGCCUCUAGGCGCAGGUGCCGGGGCAGGUGCCCUCCCUCGGGGACGGCUCGUGUUUCCGGGCCCCGUCGGGGGCUGAUGGGCUGGCACCAGUUGCUCCAGCCCCACCGGGGCUUUGUUCGGAGCCGUUUCCUUUUGGCUCGGCCGUGCCGCCCUCCCCUUGGCACCCGGCCCGCGGCGCGGGGGGAGCCGGCAGCACAACCCCGGUCUCUGCCGGCACCCCCGGUCACAACGGCCCGGCAGCGGCUGCCACUCAUCUCCUCCGCCCCGCUCCCCGCCGAGCUCUUUCGGCGCCUCCGAGAGCCCUCCCCAGGCCACUGCGCUGCCAGGGCCCACGUGGGGCUGCGGGACGCUCUGGGGAUGUGGAUGGAUCCAGCCUGGACCCACCUGGAGUGGACACAAGGUCCAGCAAUCCCCCUGGCCGGGCAGGGGUCCUGGGCAGCUCCUGCCCUGCGGACAGUCAGCAGUUGGUCUGGUGUGAGCAGCGAUUCUCAGAUCACCUCUUGGCUGUGGGUGGUGCAGGGAGCAUCCGCCACGGCACGGCUGGGGGGACCUGUUCUCUCUCCUGCCCUGGGGCUGCAGAUUCUCACUGGCUGUGGGCUGCAGCCCUGGAGCUCCAGAGCUGCCUGAGGAGCCCCAAAGCCAAUUGUUGCAUUCCUGGAAAAGCCCAUGCAGCAGGAUCUGCCCUCACCCUGCUCCCCCCCCUUUCCCCCAUGCACACAAGCCCUGGAGGAACCGGUUUGGGCCCUGCGGGCAGAGCUCCUUCCUUCCCCCCCACCGCCUUAACGGGGAGAGCAGGAAGGGCACGGUAGAGAGGGAGGUCCCUGGCUCCGAGCUGUGGUGGCGUUUGCCGCUUCCUGCUCCCUGUCAGGCUUGGUGCCGUGGGCUGGGGGUGUGCUGAGCCCUUGCCCUGUCCCCAGUUCAGCAGCCUGGCACGCGUGUCAGGGAGCUGGCCAGCAGUGUGAGCUCUCUGGCGGAUCUGUGCUCGAACCAUCGCUGUGCAGCAGCUCAGCUCUGCAGAUGUCAUCAAGACCACGAUGGCGUGAUCUAAUCGCUUCCAUUUCCUUCUUCCUGGGGCUGAUAAGCGGGACACUGCUCAUGUGCUGGACAGGAGAGCAGCCCGCGGGGGCAGGCCCCGAGAACAUCGCAGGGUGUGCACCCACAGCUGCUCAUCGCCGUGCCACGCAGAGGCCACGCUGCAGGCACACGGUGCUGCCGGUGCUCCUCUGCCAUCGAUGUCCUCUGCCGUCCUGUCACAGCCCAGCCAGGCCCUGGGGCUCACGGUGGACGCUGGGCUGGCCAGCCGGGGUCUGCCAGUGACACCAUGCCCACACUGGGGUCUGCCUCACGCACCCCAGCCCAUCCAAAGCUCCCUUCCCAGCACAGUUCAGGCUGCUGGACCUGCUCCCAGGGCCCCUUGUUGUCCCCGACAGUCCAGGCACCACUGGGCUGUGCUCUGGGCUGGGCCAUGCCCACGGCUGCGCUGACUCCCUGCCCCGGGCAGCCCGUUCCUGCCCAGGCCUCAGCCCGUUCCUGCCCAGGCCUCUCUGACCCGGCACGGCCUCUGGCUCCUGCUCGGUUCCUGAGGGCUUUAUGGCUGGGCUGCCCCGUUUUGGAGAAGAGGGGGAGCACUCCUACACACUUCAGGGUGACACCAUGGCCCCGCUGGGGUGAGGCUGAGCGGGACUGAGACCCUCUCGGGAUGCCUGGGCGCAGCCCUGUGGCCCUGGCCUGACACACCCAUCAUGGCGGCGCCCGCUGCCCGCCAC